AUGACGACAGCACUUUUUGACACAAUUGUUAAAUGCACUCCACAUCUUUGUCAUCAUAAGAGUCAACCAUCAUCUCAUAAAGUUAAUUUAGCCGAUCUAUGUUCUGAUGCCUUAGCUGCUUGGGGUACUGAUCAUCCAGCCGAUUUAAGUUAUCGUGUUGAAUUAGCACGUCGUAUGGCAUUAUCAUUUAAUAAUGCUGAUCAAAUUAUACUUAUGGAUGAUACGGCACUUGUUGUACCUCAAUCAGAACGUAUUCUUUUUACUGACAUGCGUGGUUGUGAACGAUCAUUAUUACCAGGUUUAUGGUUAUCAGCUGGUUUUCGUUGUGGUGGACGAAUACUUGUUUAUUCUCCACCAAAUCCAGUUGAAAUGAAAAUAUAUUUAAAAUUAAAAAAAUUAAUUGAAGAACGUCUUCAACGUUCAGUACAGAUUCAAAUUCUUUAUGAAGAUUCCAAUGGUCAUUUAUAUGAUCUUAUAAGUAUUUUUCAAGGUAAUUUGAAUAAAUAUAAUGAACUAUGUGAAUUAUUUGCACAAAGAUCACCAAAAGAAUUUUAUCCUGAAUAUCAUAUUUAUAUGCUAAAACGACAUUUAAAUGAAAUAACAAAAGGAAUUCAUCAUUCAUUUGUUUUUCCAUAUGAAAUGACAGAAUUGCAUCGACAAGAACUUCAACCAUAUUCUGAUCGUUUAACAUUACCUGAUGUACCAAUUAAUGAUAAAGCUAAACAUAAUUUAUUUUUAAAAUCAAAAGGAUUUCAUUCAUUACCUAUUUUAAUUGCUGUUUCAGCAAGUGGAAAAUUAAUUGAUAAUUAUCAAGAAUAUAUUCAAACUAUGGAACAUCAUAAUCCAAUUCAUAUAGAAAAUAGUUUAGAAAAUAUACAAAAUUUUGCUCGAGGAAUCAUUCAAGCUAUUGAUCAAUUACAUAAUCAAUAUAAUGUUUCAGCAUUUGUUAAAUUAGAUGCAAAUGGUGCAGCUGGUUGGUCAUGUAUGAGUCCUCCUAGCCAUUCUUUUAUGUAUAAUUAUGAUGAAAAUCAAGAAAAACGUAUUGAUUAUUUAUGUGAAUAUAUUCAAAUGAAAGUUGUUGGUCAAUAUUUACCGAUAAUAGCUGUAGUUGAAGAAUUUAUUCAACCUCAGAAACGUUCAGGUAAUAUCGAUGCAGAUUAUACAGUUUGUGGAUUCGUUCUUGGAGGAAAAUUUUUUCCAACAUCAAUUAAUUUAUGUGGGACUGUGAAUGGAAGUUAUAUUGAACAGUGGACGUCAUCAUCAUCUGAUCAUUUAAAUGAUUCCGAUCUUUAUUGGAAACAUAUGUUUCAUACAUAUUCAUCAAUGGUUAAUUUAGAAGCAUUAGAAUUUGGUUAUACAAAUGGCAUAUAUGCAGGUGAUUUAUUUGUAACAAAAGAUGAUCGUCAUAAACAACGUGAUUGGAAUAUUCGUCGUGGUGGACGAUCAUCACCUGAAUCAUUAAUCGUAUUUGGUAUGUCCAAUUAUGAAACAAAAGUUGCUUUAUCCUUGGCUGAUUAUGGAUUAAAUAAAAAAUUAAAUAAUAUUGAAUUAUUUCGUAUUUAUACAAAAAUAUGUCAAUGUUUAUCAGAUGAUUAUGAUAUGUAUAUUUUAUCAAGUGGAUUUGGUUAUUGUGGAAAAGAUAAUGAGACAAAUGAUUGUUUUAAAUUUAAUAUACUUGUUCAUCCAAAAUGGCUUGUACAAUUUGAUCAAAACGGUGAACAAAUGACAUUACCAAGAUGUCAGCAUAAAGAAAAAGUAACGGAAAUUGUGAAAGAAGUUGCAAUGAAACUUUUUCAAAAUACUAUGUAG